AUGUCGACAGUUGUGGGUACAGCACAGCCCAAGAUGAGCGCAUGGCUGUUCUUCAGCAUCACUGUCAUCUCGAUGGGGUCAAUCUUUUGGGGAUAUGAUAUCGGCAUCUUGAGCACCAUCUAUGUAUCUCCCGGCUUCAACAAAGCCCUCGAUAAUCCAUCCUCCAGCGACAAGGGCCUCAUUACCUCCAUAUUCUACGCAGGCCAAUUCGUUGGCUUUGCGUUCUUUGCAGGUCCCUUGAACAAUCGCUAUGGUCGACGCUGGGCAGGGUUUGGAGGCGUAUGUCUGCUUUGUGUAGGCGCUGCUAUCCAAACCGGUUCAGUUCACCUUGCUAUGAUGGUAGUUGGAAGAAUCGUUGCAGGUCUUGGUACAGGCGUGGUAUCUACAUCUGUACCACUCUACCUGAGUGAGAUUUCGCCUGCCAAGAACCGAGGACUCUACGUUGCUGCGAACCAGGUUGGUAUUGUGUCGGGUAUAUCGAUCGCGUUUUGGGUUGGCUAUGGAUACUCGUUCUGGAAAACUGGUAAUGGUAUUGAUUUGGAGUGGCGUCUAUCCAAUGCCAUGCAAUUCGUCCCCGCGCUUCUAUUCUUGAUUGGUGUUCCUUUGAUCCCCGAGAGUCCUCGAUGGCUUGUCGAGUCAGAUCAGAUUGAAGCCGCAAGCCGAUCCCUUUCCAAGUUACGCGGCCUCUCCGAAGACCAAGUCCGUCCAGAACUUGAUGAGAUACGCGCCAACAUUCUCUGGCAUCAAGAAAACUCCAUCACGUCUGCUCGAGUCUUCAUCCAGCAGAAGCCAUUGUGGUCACGACUCUGGCGUGCAUGGUCACUCGCGUUUCUUCAACAAAUGAGUGGUGCUGCUGGUAUCAGAUAUUACCUCCCAACAAACUUCAUCGCUGCUGGUACCUCUGAAGAGCUGAGUCUUCUUGCCUCUGGUAUUGACGGAACUGUCCAAGUUGGCUGUACUGUUGCUGCUAUGUUCUUUAUUGAUAAACUUGGUCGAAGGCACUCGCUCGGUGUGGGUGCCAUAAUCAUGGCUUUUUGUCUGAUGAUCAACGGCGCUUUGCAACUUGCAUAUCCCGGCCAGACAAACUCACACGCCAACUACGUAAACAUCUUUUUUAUUUUCUUCUUCACAGUUGGAUACAGCAUGGGUUUCGGGCCAUGCGCCUGGAUCUACGCAUCUGAGAUCUUCCCAGCAAAUUGUCGUUCCAAAGGUCUCGGUAUUUCAUCCUCUGGUGCAUCUCUCGGCUCCAUCAUUGUGGGUCAAGUUUGGCCUGUUGCUGUCUCUCGCAUCGGUCCGCGUGUUUAUUUCAUCUUCAUGUCUUUCAACGUGUUUUCUGCGAUUCUUGUUUAUUCUUGCUACCCUGAGACCAAGAACAAGACUUUGGAAGAGCUUGAUUCACAUUUUGGCACGCUUAAUGUCCACUCACAGGAAGUCGCUACACCUAAACAGAUGCUUGGUGCGGAAGAGGAACAUGUCGAGGCGCGUGUUAAGGAUGUUUGA